GUAUUUUCAGUCACUUUAUUUCCUCCUCCAAAGUCAAGAUGAUCCCAGGCAUCACCACCUUGACUUUCUUUACACUCUGGGCUGCAGGUAUUUCUCGGUCCGUCUUGAUCACUCAGUGGCCCCGCUAUAUCUCCAGGCAUCCCAAUGGCUCGGCAGAAAUGCACUGUUACCAGAAUGACACUGACUAUCAAUAUCUGUACUGGUACAGACAGCUAGGAGGAAAAGAUAUUCAGUUAGUAGUUUAUGUAGUAGCUGGCAGUGCAAAAUUUGAGCAAGGAUUCAAAUCUGGUUUUGAGUCAGUGAAAUUGAAUGAGAAGCAGUAUUCUCUUAAAAUUCACAGCGUUCAGAGGAAAGAUGAGGCUGUUUAUCUGUGCGCCGCCAGUCUACCCAACACAAGUUACCAGGCAGAGGCUUACUUUGGAGCUGGAACUAAACUCACCGUUUUAGACAACACGGAAAAGACCGACCCAACCGUGAAAGUUUUUCGACCUUCAUCAAAGGAGUGUCGAAACCAGAAGGACAAUGAAAGGAAGAAGACCAUACUUUGCGUGGCCAGUAAAUUCUACCCUGACCAUAUCAGUGUGUUCUGGCAGAUUAAUGGGAAGAAUGUCUCCAAAGGUGUGGCAACUGACAACGCUGCCCUAAAGGCUGCCAGCUUCUACAGUAUCACCAGCAGGUUGAGGGUCUCUGCCGAAGAUUGGUUCAAUCCCCAGAAUAAUUUCACGUGCACUGUCAGCUUCUUUACUGGGAACGAAACGCGGCUUUUUUCAGAUGUCAUUUAUGGUGAAGCUGAAGAUGUCCCCAUGACAAGAGAGAGAUAUCUGAAGAUUACACAGGGCGCCAAACUCUCCUACGCUGUUUUUAUCAUCAAGAGCAUCAUCUAUGGAGCCUUUGUAACGUUUUUGGUGUGGAAACUUCAGGGUUUAACUGGAAAGGGGAAAGACUGAGAGUGGAGCUGAGGCAAAUGAACUGUGGGAGACGGAUUAUCGUGCUUUCCGUAAAUAAAGUUGAAAAGAUAGUGGUUAUAUUUCCGUAAAGCUGUACGUUACAUUGCAUUUGCACUUGUGUAUGAAUGAACCAUUCAAAUUCUGCAGAUGAACAGUUCUGUGCUUAUUCUUGUUACGAUUUUUUAAAGCUAUAACUGGCAUUUCCUUUUUAAAGACACUUCAUAAUUCUAUGUGUUUAUUCGUGGUGGACCAAUGCUUGUGUGCUGAAUUGUCUUCUCAAUAAAAGUAUUUCCACGGAUCUUGA